AAAAAAAUCAUAUUAUUUUAUUCUCCAUUUUAACCCUUUUCCCAAAUGACAAAAGAACCACAUCAGCCACCAAAAGCUGUAAAUAUUAUCAGGCCUAAUCCAAAUUACGGCUUAUUAAAUAAUACGACAAGUACAAGUAGUAGUGGUAGUAGUAAUAGUGGUUCGAUCGUGCAAAAGAGAACUGGUUCAGUGGCUUCCUCUACCACUAGAAAACUAAGAGUCAACAGUACAGCUACAAAACCAUUAUUAAAUCUCUACCACCCACCCACAAGAAAACCCUCAUAUGAUGACUACCAUCGCUCUACUGUAUCUUCUAACAGACCUCCCAUCGAGAUUUAUAAACCUCAACAACAAAGAAUGCCAAAGUCUUAUACUUCUCCAUCUCUAUCGAAUGAACAAAUACAACCAAUACAGCCUAUAAAUAAGCCUAUCUCCCGUCCAUCUCAUCGCUCAGUUUUAGGGCCUAUCAACACUCCCGUUGCUAUAACAUCAGCUCAGAAUGAUAGAUAUCAUGAAAAUACUAGCUCAGUUGAAGUUAUAGACGAUAAGACCUCAACGGUAGAAGACACGAUCGAUGACUCUGAACAAGACGACGAGGACGAUGAAGACGAUGAAGAAGAGGACGAGCAAGAAGAUAAUGAAGAGGAGCCUAUAAUAAAUGAAGCACGAGUUAAUCGAAAGAUUGCGGAUUUGGAAUUAUCAAUCAAUUCAUUACUUUCAGUAAAUGCAAUGCUUGAAUCAACAGUUAGAAAGCAGGCAUCACAACUAAGCCAAAUGAAGAUCAAAAUGUUAUCUGGCGGGAGCGUGGAUAUAAUAUUAGAUGAGGAGGUGCCUAUUAUUGAGGUAGAUGACGAUAAGGAAGAGGAUUGGGAUCAAGAUUUGUUAUUUCAAAAGCUACGUAAAAUAACUGAGCAAAUGAUCGAACAAGGGCAAAAAUCGAUCGAUUUCGAGUACAAAAUUUUGGGUAGAGUGUUAUCAAACUAUACACCACAGGAGGAGGAUGAUGAUGACGAUGAUGAUGAUGAAGGUAUGGAAGGGAUACGAAUAAUUAUCUAUGUAUUUCUAAUAUGUAACUAUAGAAGCAAUAGCAUCAUUGACACCUUCAACAUCAAAAUCUACCCCAUCAAACGAACCUCAUACUACACAAAUACCCGCCACAUCUAUACCACUUGCUGCAAGACCAUCCAAACUUGCAAAAAAGAAGAAUAAUAUAAUUUAAACCCUUUGCAUAUGUCCCCCCCUAAUUUUUUUUUUUUAUUAUUAUUAUUUAUUUGGUUAAACCGUUUUAAACAAGUGUUUAUGGAAAGAUUUAUAUCGCAACUAAAUGGUAAAAGAAAACUGCGUUUCGUCGUCGCAAGCAUGACAAGCUUCGAUCAAACAUUUUAAAAGGGACGUUCUUUAUAUCAUUUCGCUGAAAUCUUAUUUUUCUGUGCGCAGAGUGCUCGAUGGUUUUGCAUUAACAUAAUGAAAUUCGG